AUGCUGGAAGAGAAAUUACGGAUACUAAACAAAUACAGAAAACCCAAAGGCCCAAGCUACAGAAAGCAGCUUGAAGAAAUCGAGCUCAAACUAAUCAAGCAAAAAAGAGUUUUUAAACUGCGCCGAUAUCCUUUUUCAGUCUGGAUUUUAAGCUUUAUUUUCUGUUUGACGUCUACUUUUUUACUGUUGAAUUUGCAUUUUAAUAUAGAAAUGUUUGAAGGAUACACAGGGAGUCAUUGGCUGCAAUAUACAGUAAUUAUUGUUUUUUAUGUAUUGUCUGGCAUGGCUUUUAUUUUGGCAAAAAUUGAGGUUGCUGUUUUUAAUAAGGACGAAAAAAGGUUUGACUAUAAUAAAUAUUAUUUGAUAUUUUUCAGGUGAAAGCAAUUUUCAUGCAAAAUUACAGAAAUUGCGGACGUUGGGCUGCAAAAAGAUGGAUUUGUGAUGGAUUAUUCGGAUACGACUUAUUAUAGGAUUAUUAUUUAUUUUGGAUAUGAAAAACCGCUGAAGAUUUUAGAGACAAGGGAUCAAAGUAAAGCUGUGAGAAAGCUGAAAGAAAUUAGGGCAUUUUUAGAUCUUGAUGGGAAACUUCAGAUUAAUGAUAAAAGUUAUAUAAAUUAG